AUGGGCGCGGAGUCCAAAAUCCUGUACCACACGGAUAAUGAAUCCGCAUCGAAUGCCUACCGGGAAAAUAGCCAACAAUGUUUGAUUGCUACCCACGCUACAGACUUCGCCACGGCCACCCAAUACACCUACCGAGAGGAUAACACGAGCCAACCAGAAUGGAUGCCGGGCGUGAAAGAGUGGCUUGUCACAACAUGCAUAUCGAUUCUAGUGAUGAUGGACGCGUUUAAUACAACGGUGGUUAUUCCUUUGAUGCCAGGAUUCUCAAGUAUCUUUCAGCAACCUCUUGAAAGCGUCCUCUGGAUUAACACGUCCUACCUUAUUGGCAACGCGUCCGGGCAAGGUCUCUUCGCCAUGUUGGCGGAGGUACUUGGCCAUGGACCUAUCCUACUUACGUCUGCUGUUCUCGCGACAACUGGGACAGGUAUAUGCGGUGGCUCUUUGAGUCUGUCUGUGCUGAUAGCGGGUCGAUUCAUACAAGGAUUUGGCGGAGGAGGAGUGGUGGGGGUUUCGCUGUUAAUCGUUGCAGAGCUUAUUCCGAAGUCGCAUCAAGUCCAGUUUUCGACCUACAUCUUCCGCGCCCAAAUGAUCGGUAUGGUGAUUGGUUCAGUUGCUGGCGGGGUAUACCAUGACUAUACAAACUAUAUUUGGGCUUUCUAUUCCAGCUUCGUGUUUUGCGCAAUGGGCCUCUUGGUGAUCCCAUUUGCAUUGGACCUGAGAGGACAUGGCCAAGAAAACAAGUUGAGCACUACGAGCAGGUUCCGUACUAUGGACUGGAUAGGUGCCAUAUUGACUCUGCUUGGCAUGGGAACCUUGCUUACUGGAAUCGGGUGGGAGGGAACACAAAAUACCUUGGAUAGCUGGCAAACGCUAGUGCCGAUUUGUGUUGGUAGCAUCUUUUUAAUUGCCCUGAUUUUCCAUCAGACGCUGUGGGCCAUGCAUCCAAUGUUCAGUUCAAGAGUGUUUCGCGACCUCUCAUCAACAAUGCUGCAGACAGGCGGCUUCCUACAUGGAUUUAUUUUAUCCUCUCACCUCCAUGUUCUGCCACUCUACCUCAUCUUGGUGAAGUCGCUCAACACCACAUUGAUAGGGCUGAGCCUUGUUGCUCUCACUGGUGUAGCUGUACCUGCUCUUAUGAUCUCGGGCACAAGGCAGCUUUUCCGACGGCCCCAUGUCUCCAUCUGGAUCAGCCGUAUGGGCUGGUUGUUUACUAUUACCGCAACGGGCUGUUCGUUUUUACUGAAUACGUCGAUCCCAACAUGCGGUUGGGUUAUCAUCUUCCUGGUCGCUGGGUUGGGCUCUGCUCUGCUCACAUUCGGAUACAACCUCUGUAUCCAUGUAAAUAAUCCGGAGUGCCACCUGGGGCAAGAAACCCGCGAAAGCGCAAAGGUAUCCACAACAUCGAUACUAAUAUACUCGAUUCUACGCACAUGGGGCAUGUGCAUCGCCAUCCCCAUUAGCGGAACCGUCAUAUUCAACUACCUAUCCUCCAAAGACAUCCUUGACAUGUCACUCGGGUCGCCCCAGGAAGGAAAAGACGCCUUUUCCGACGCGCUUCAGGUGCUUUGGAAAGUUUACAUGGUAAUUGCCGCAUUGGGGGGAAUGUCGUCUCUGUUUAUUCGGUCUGCAAGUUGA